UUUUUUUUUGAAGUUUGGGGGAUUUGCCAAAACCUAUUUCAUGCAUGUCCACUGGGGGCAGGUUCAACUUUGAUGAUGGGGGGUCAUACUGCGGCGGGUGGGAAGACGGCAAGGCCCACGGGCACGGCAUCUGCACCGGGCCCAAGGGGCAGGGCGAGUACGCCGGUUCCUGGAGCCACGGCUUCGAGGUGGUGGGCGUCUACACCUGGCCCAGUGGAAACACCUACCAGGGCACCUGGGCGCAGGGCAAGCGCCAUGGCAUUGGGGUGGAGAACAAGGGCAAGUGGGUCUACAAGGGCGAGUGGACACAUGGAUUUAAGGGACGCUAUGGCCUACGUGAGAGCACUGCGAGCAGCGCCAAGUAUGAGGGCACCUGGAACAACGGACUGCAGGAUGGAUACGGCACCGAGACCUACUCUGACGGAGGAACCUACCAGGGCCAGUGGGUGGGCGGCAUGCGGCACGGCUAUGGCGUCCGGCAGAGCGUCCCUUACGGCAUGGCGGCCGUCAUCCGCUCGCCACUGCGUACCUCCAUAAACUCGCUGCGCUCGGAGCACAGCAACGGCACCGUGCUGCACCCGGACGGUGGCAGCGGGGGAGGGGGCGGGCCAGGCGGCGCGGCGGCAGGCAGCCCGGCCGUGUCGCGGGGCGGCUUCGUGCUGACGGCCCACGGCGACGCCGAGCUGCUCAAGGGCAAGAAGAAGAGCCUCUUCCGGCGCUCCAUCCUCAGCGGGCUGAAACUGCGCAAGUCUGAGUCCAAGAGCUCGUUGGCCAGCCAGCGCAGCAAGCAGAGCUCCUUCCGCAGCGAGGCGGGCAUGAGCACCGUCAGCUCGGCCGCCUCCGACAUCAACUCCACCAUCAGCCUGGGUGAGGGCGAGGGCGAGCUCUCCGUGCUGGAGGACGACGUGGACGCCACCACGACCGAGACCUACGCCGGCGAGUGGAAGAACGACAAGCGCUCGGGUUGCGGCGUGAGCCGCCGCUCCGACGGCCUCCGCUACGAGGGUGAGUGGGCGGCCAACCGGCGCCACGGCUACGGUUGCACCACCUUCCCCGACGGCACCAAGGAGGAGGGCAAGUACAAGCAGAACGUGCUGGUCAGCGGCAAACGCAAGAACCUCAUCCCGCUGCGGAGCAGCCGCAUCCGCGAGAAGGUGGACCGCGGCGUGGAGGCCGCUGAGAAGGCCGCCGACAUCGCCAAGCAGAAGGCCGAGAUCGCCCUGUCCAGGACAGCCCACGCACGGGGAAAGGCGGAGGCGGCAAUGGGAGCAGCCCAGAAGGCCCAGGAGGAGUGCCGACUCGCUAGGGUCACUGCCAAAGAAUUCUCCCCCUCCUUUCAGCACCGCGGAAACGGAGUGGAGUGUCAAAGGCCAAAGCACCAGAACUCGAGUGAGAACGACAUAGAGGUGAUUUCCAGCGGCACGCCUGACAGCCCUGAGCUCUACAUGAAGGGCACCACGCCACCCGACCUGACGCCCGACCUAAGCCCUGCACCCAGCCGGCCUUCCACACCCCCCUGCAGCCCACCCAAGCCCACCCACCGCGCCAAGAACGCCCGCUUUCUGCGGCAGAGUGCGGUGGACGACGAGCGAGGCACCGCUGAGAUCCAGGUGCUGAUGGAAGGGCGGGGUGGAGGUGGCGAGUACUUGCGUCCCAACAGCUGGGGCGAGGACAAGCACUCAUCCGGGGGCGGGGGCAGCAGCAGGGGGGGCAGCCGGGGCAGUAGCCGCUCAACGACCCCCUCGGUGCAGGACGAAACACGGCUGCCGCGCACCAAUGGCCACAGGCACGCCCCGUCCAACCACAAGCCCAGAGAACAUGCCUCGUCCAAUCACAAGCCCCGGGAGCGGUGGGCAGACUGCCCCACGGUGGCCUGGACUACGCAGCGGGCUCUCAGUGAGAGCCUGGCCCACUCGCGGCUGCUGGAACAGGAUGAGGAAAAGCUGAGCAACUACGAGAUGGAGAUGAGACCCCUCCAGCCCAUGGACUCGUCCUUCCAGAAGCACUACGGGCCGAGUGAGGAGCGGCACGGGCACGCAGAGCCCCGCCCCCACACGCUGCACAGACUGCAGCCCAAAAGCCGCGAGGCCCGGGAGGCCCGGGAUGGGGUGCGGUCCCCCGGUGCCCGUGAGGCCCGGAACGGGGACCCGGACUCAGUGCAGAAGCUGGACAGCCUGCGUGCCGGGGGGGAGGUGCUGGAGGGGAGACCCUUGCGCCGGGACCUCACGCUCUCCCCCCCACAGAAAUCCUCCCCCAUUGCACUAGAACACGACGAGGAGAACCUGGUCCAGCUCAAGUCAAACUCGGGCUCCAGCUCGAUUCUGGUUGUCAUGGUGAUUUUGCUCAACAUCGGAGUUGCCAUUUUGUUUAUUCACUUUUUUAUUUAAACAAUGUAUUGCCUAUUAAUUAUUCUUAUUAUCUAUACUAUUAUUAUGAAUUGAUAUGAAUAUUAUCAUGACUAUUCACCCGUUGCCCGUUUUGAUGACAAAUACUUCUAUAACGAAUAAGACGCUAAAAAUAAACUCGAAGAAGACGGCAUACCUAGGAAGCUCCUGCCAUUAAAACCUGGACACAGCAGAAUUCUCGCUCAGCUCCCCGCCCCCUCCCCCCCCACCUCACCAUUCCAGAGCCUGCAUUCCUCCUAAGUUGGGAUUCACUAUAAGUCACUAAUGAUACUAUGCUACUCGCUGUUCUUGUUCGAGCCCUUCCUUACCUGCCUGUUUGCUCUGCUGAUGAUGUGGGUGUUUUGUUUUUCCUUUUUCUUCUUUUUUUCAUUUGUCACUUUUCGGCUCAGUUCCGCUGAGAGGUGAACACGCCCUUAGCAGCGGCAGGCAUGGGCCUGUUCAGCGCUUUCAUGCUGCGGCACCAACAUCCACGUCACUGGCAUCCACGUCACCUUCCACUCACCCCUGUGAUUCCCUGCAGACCCCCGACCAGUGCUGGCCCACUACUGGCUCAUCGCCUCCAGGCAGAGUGCCCCCCCCCCCCCCACCCAAAGAGAGAAAACACCACAACCCACCUUCCCCCAAACCCCAUAUACCCUACCACCAAACUUAAAGGAUCACGGCCCCCCCAAUAAAAAUGAUUUUCCUACAUUAUGCCCCCCAGUGAAAUAUGGCAAGCAUGUGAGGGCAUCAGUGGGUAACCGUGGAAGACACUUAAAACAGGGCUACAAACUUUAAACGUAUGCAACAGAAGGCUAGGCUGAGGACUAAGGGCUGCACUGAUGCGUGCUUUCAGCACGGAGACACAGAGACCCGGGAACAUUUUCUCACUAUGAUGGCUGGACACCCUGCAGAUGCUCAUGGGCCCCCCGCCCACCCCGCCCAUCCACCCACUCACCUCGUGGUUUGAUCUCCCUGUGC